AUGAUCGACAUUGGUAAGAUGAUUCUACAGAAAGUCCUUUACUACCAUAGGAGCCCUAAAGCUUUUUCAUUUGACACACUCGCUUUUGCAAGCAUUGCAACACAUUCAGGAUUCACACUCAACUUGGAAAACGUUUCCCUGGUAUUAGCACAAUUCAGUGAAGCCACUUGCUCUCUGGUUUGCCAGACUGACCCUACCUCACAGCUGCAGGUUGUCACACAGCAGCAACAUGAGGUGGAUUUCAGCUGCAGGGGAACGUACUGCUCACACUUUAUCGAGAACUCUCCCAAAGCAGCUUAUUUAUCCUGA